GGAACAAACAAAAUAAUUUCUGGGUAAGAUUAUCACGUAUAAAUAUAUAAGCAAUUGUAGAAAAAUAUGUUCUUAUAUCAUUUACGAUGAAGCAUCUUUCAGGUGUACUUGUGUUUCUUACACUACUUCUCAACUUUUCAUCAGGACAAUCAAUUUGCUGCAUAGGUGCCAAUACCUUUCAGAUAUGUUCUAAUUUUUUGGGUUUAAUACAAAUUACAAUUGGACCUGUAAUAUCCUGUCCAACUGGAUACAUUUGCGAUGCUUCUUCUAACAGUCCUUGUGUACUAGAUUCAUCCACAACGACAACCAGUACAGUAACUACUACUUCUGCAAGUACUACAUCUCCAAUAACCACUACAGUUCCAGUUACAACAAUUAGAACAACAACUCCAGCUGCAACUACUACAUCUCCAAUAACCACUACAGUUCCAGUUACAACAAUUAGAACAACAACUCCAGCUGCAACUACUACAUCUCCAAUAACCACUACAGUUCCAGUUACAACAAUUAGAACAACAACUCCAGCUCCAGCAGUUACAACUACAGAACAAACUACUACAACCUCAGUCAUCACUUCUACCUCAGCACCUGCUACUACAACAGUGUUAACAACAACAACCGGUCCAAGUGGUACACCACCAACAUGCACCUCAGCUGGUACAAGAUAUCCCGGUCCUACUUGUAACCAAUACUACGAAUGCAUUUCCGUCUGGUGGUGGUACGAAUAUAGAUUAAGAACCUGUGGAUCUGGUUUAGCUUAUAGUUCGUCACAGCAGCAGUGUGUUUCAACCACGGGAAGCUGUGCUAACUAAAUUCUAUUACUUCAAAUAAUGUAGAAAAGUCUAAUAUAAUAAUGAAUCGAUGAAGCAUUUAA